CGCGCGGCGAGCGGCGAUCCCGGGGCGCCUGCGCGGGUGGCUUUGCGGGCGCUCGCGGUAAGUUUGCGCCAAGUGCGCGGCAGCCGGGACGCAGACGGCGGCGGCGGCGAGAGGCGGAGCCCGGGGACCACCCCCCAUCACCCUCCCCGCAGUCACCUCACGUACCACAACCUCACCUAACCUCUCACCCCCACUCCGAUCCCCCCAACCCCGGGAUGGCAGCGCCCGCCAGCUUUCCCGGCCGGACCAGCGGUCGCCAGCACCGGCUUUAGCCUGUGGGACUAGGCCCCGCCGAGGCCUGACCCCCGGAGCCGGGACCCACCGUGCAGCCAGACGCCGGGCCGGGGCUGAGGGGCCGCUCCCCCCUCACGGCCCGUGGGGAGGACGCUGCCGUCCCGGGGACUGGGGGCCGGGGGGUGGGGGGGUGCCAGGGCGAGGAAGUCGGGACCCGUGUUUGGAAAAAAGAAGGGGGGCCGGGGUCAGGAGCACCCCCUCCCCCCGUUUCCCCCCUCCCCCCGGGGUUGGGGGGGCCAGAGCAGAGAGCGCCCAGCCCGGGAGGUGGAUGAAUGUGGGAGAAAAUGGAGACCAAGACGAUCGUGUACGACUUGGACACGUCGGGGGGGCUGAUGGAGCAAAUCCAAGCUCUGCUGGCUCCCCCAAAGACGGACGAGGCAGAAAAGCGGAGUCGGAAGCCUGAGAAGGAGCCCCGGCGAAGCGGUAGGGCCACCAACCACGACAGCUGCGAUAGCUGCAAAGAAGGUGGGGAUCUCCUGUGCUGUGACCACUGCCCGGCCGCCUUCCAUCUCCAGUGCUGCUCAGCCCAGAACAAUCCGGCCAAGAAGAGUUUAAACUCCAGGUUCUGCCUGGAGAAAUCACCUCUGCCCUCCACAAAAAUCCCACAUCUGCGCCGGGACCCCGAUUGCAUCUUGUUCUGAUGGUCUUGUUCUGUUCAGCAACAGUUGACUGAGGCAGACCUUUAUGAGAGGAGAUGGCUGGAGAGAGCGGGAAGGAGAGGGGCUGUUCUGUUUGUUCCCACCCGUUUUUGAUGUUGCCUUUUUUAGCUCUCUGUUUAAAAAAAAAAAAAAAAAAAAAAGUGAAGUUUUCCUUAAGCUCUACACAGUUCCAUUCACAUUCCGUUUCUCGGUUGGUGGAAUAGUGCCCACUGUAUAUUUGUACUAAUUGCAGGUUUUGGAGCACUUAUUAGACAGAUGACUGAUACUGGGCAAAUUAAGUCUGUGGUCAGAAGUUUUGUAGGAAGCGUCCAUUACCGUUCCCAAGAUUCCUUUGCCCAGGAGAGCACCCCAUCUUGGCUUGUAAUGUUGCAGGGACAAAAAUCAUUAUCCUGGAGGAAGCUUUGCCAAUGGCUUUAAAAUUUUUAUUGUGAAGUGAUUAAUGCGAGCAGUAAGGUUCUGUGGUUUUUAACCUUUGCUUCCUGUUGGUAUAAGGUGUAAUCCACCUGGAAAAAAAAAAUCUCCUGUCAAGUUUCUUGUGCUGUUUUUGAGCACAGAAGAGAUUUGUACCUGGAUGUGUUGUGUUGCUUACCAGUUAUUCCCUGUUGCUUAUGGUUUUUUUUAUUGUGCUUGUUUGAUACAUACUAAGACUGAAUUGUAGACUUCUUGAUAUAAAACGUGGGUUAACGUUUUACCUGUAGAAUGAAGUUACCGUUUACCAAGAAUAGUGAUUCCCAUACUGAGUGAGAAUUUUGUAAGCUCUUUAUUAGUGUUUGUUUAAUAAAGCUGAAAUUGUUUAUUAGAAACUUCAGGCAUAGAAAAAGUGUGCUGUUUUGCCUGAGAUUGGGCUUUCAAACUAUAAAACCUAACCCCUGAAUCUUUGAAUUUGAUGAGUUCAAGUCUUGUCAAAUUGUAACAAUUAACAGUUCUACUUUAGCUGGUAGGAGAGAGGGAGGGGUUUCUAGCUGUUAGUGAGAUUCAGACUGUGCAUUUCAUUGACUACUAUUUUUUUAGGACCAUGAAUGGGAACUGGUAAUCAGAGCUUUGAGAAUCCUAGUAAAUGAGGCAGAACUUGUUUCACAUCUCCAGUUCCCUCUUUGAAGAUGCCAGUACUGAAUGUAUCAUUGACUUACCUGAGUAGUUACAUAAAUCACAAAACGUUGCAGAUAUUGGUACAAAGGCAGGAACCCUUCUUUCAGGUGAGGCUUACCCCACUUUCCUGCCUCCUACCCCACACUCUUUCUAGCCCAAGUGAAGUAUUUCAUUAACCAUCUCAACCCGAGUAGUUAGGUCAAGCACUUAAUGGUGUCAGAAAAUUUUGAUUCCUGGGUGUGCUCAUGGUAAUUUGUCCCGUUAUUGUUUAUUUGUGUCGUGUGGGAGUGAGGUUAGGAGGUGUGACUAUAUUUUCUCUUGCUUCCCUUUUUAACUGACUAAGACUGGAUUAUUUAGGUAAGCAUAGUAAUGAUAAUUUUCCUUAUGUACAGAAUGUUCAAAAGUAAAGAUGGCAUUUUGCAAACCCUGUAGGUCAUAAUUGCAGUGCUGCUGUGGGUCUCCGUUCAAAAUUCUGUGAGACAAGUCCUCUUUCAGUCUCUGGUGGCCUUGCCAGCUUGCCUCCCAGUGAACAGCAUCUAGUAAAAUGCUCCCGAAGUGAUUCUAGGCAAGCUUUACCUCCUGGGCUUAGUGACAUGGCCAUAACCACAGGGGAUUUUUCCUAACAUAAUCUACUGGAGGAAAUGAUUGGUCACAUAAGCUGUAUUAAUUGUCUUGUCUUAUCUCAGGGGCCAGGGCUCUGUAUGAGGAACAGUCCUUUCUUCCCAGUUAGACUGGGAGCCCUAUUUCUGGGUUUUCUCUGAUGAUCUUCUGGGUGAGGGAAUGAAUUGUCCUGUGAUCAGUACCAUGAACUCACUGAAGAAUUAAACUUGAGCUGAUGUCUUCAUAUUUGUUUAAGUGAUAGUAUAAUCAUUUUAUCCAAGUUUAACUGGCUUAUCAAUUAUUCAGAGUGGGGUUAGGGGUUACUAAACCUGCUCCUAGAGAAUUAGGAAGAGAUGUUUUUAAGUGUUCCCUGGGGAACCUGACCUUUAUCAUAAUUGUGGUGCCAUAAGUUGAGCUUUCCGAAAAUACUGAUCUCCAUGGACUGGUCUCUAAAAAUUGGCCUUAAAAAAAAAAAAAUUAGACUAACUGGUGGAGCUCUGGUUGCCGCCGACCCAUCUUUCUGUUUGAGAUGGAUAGGAUUGUUCUCACUGAUAAAGUGAAUACCAUAGACAUCGGUAAUGAGGCUGACUGGAACCUGGAUGGUUUCCUCUGAUUGCAUUUUGCUGCAAACAGUCUGAGGGACCAGAACGGUCUGGUUGAGAAGUGCAUCUACCUUAGCAGACCUCAGCAUGGUCGCUUCCCGUCAGACAGAUUUCUGUAGCAUUUGCCUCCGCAUGUUAUAUUUGGAAUUGUUGGCCGGCUUUCCUCUCUCUGGUGUUGGCAGCAUGAUCCAAAAUGAGGUUUUCGAAGAAUGAGAGUAAAAAGGUCUCUGUGCACAGGCAAAACUAAGCUCGGCUUGGAGUUUUGCAUAUUUAAUUUUCAGUGAGUCAUAACAAAGGUUUCACACACACAGUAGAACACUGCCAUGCAGAAAAUCUAUACUGUUUGAACUUUUAAGGAGGUGAUUUUUCUGGUUUUGUUGUGUUGAUUAGCUCGUCAUUAGAAUAGUAUCAGGCAAGUGGUGAAUUAAAAUACAUUUGUUUUAACAUUCUCUUAUACAUCUUUUGUUUCUGACCUUCCAAGUGCUUGGAAACCUGGCACUGAAGAACUGGAGGUGACAGCAUCUGGACUCCCUCCCUUCACUCUGCCCCCUCAAUAGUAAAAUAACUCAACAAUAAACAAACCUAAUUUGGUUUUGUGUGUAUUUCAUUUAUUUUUGCAUUUGCUGUGUUGUGUUGGAAUCUGGGUGUGUAGUAUUGUUUUUAAAUGGUCCACUCAAACAGGAAGGGUCUAGUAACAUUUAACUUUAACUCAAUUUCACAUGCAUGCUUCGUCAAAUUAAUGUGGGGCUCCGGGGCCAAUUUUUAUGAAAUGA